UCGAACUCCAAACAGGAGCAAGAGAAGGAGAGAGCAGAGCAGAGGACCUUCCGCCUACAACAUUACACCUCUGCGGACACCCGAGGAUUAGUAAAGCCCCAAAAAGCUCUGCAUUCUCCAGCUAUAACACUGACCUGCGAGAAGAACUUGCGCUGGAUGUAAGAGCGCUCAGAGGCAGAAGAAAUGCGCAGAGGAACAGUGAAAGAGACGCACGGGUGCCAGCGCAACUUCACACUGAUCAUCGUGCUGCUCGUAGUCAACUGCGGGGCAGAGAUUCCUUCAGACCCAAACAUGGUGGCCGCUUCCAGUUGGAACAUGUCCAGUGGUGGUGAAAGAGAUCACUUUCUCAGGCUGGAUGCUCCAAUGAAUAACAUCACUACCUCCCUCGGACAGACAGCUGAGUUACAUUGCCACGUUUCAGGGAAUCCACCACCUACAGUCCGCUGGCUUAAAAACGACGCCCCUGUGGUCCAGGAACCGCGGCGUGUCUCUUACAGGCCCGCUUCGUAUGGCUCCCGCCUAAGAAUCCGAAACCUGGACACCACAGACACCGGCUACUUCCAGUGUGUGGCUACCAACACCUAUGGCACAGUAUCUACCACAGGAAUCCUGUUUGUCAAGUUCGAUCCAGCUCCCACCCCUCUGUCUGGAAGGCCUUCACCAGAGGAUUUUGAAGAGGAAGGUUUCUGCCAGCCGUAUAGAGGGAUUGCGUGCGCUCGCUUCAUAGGAAACAGGAGUAUCUUCGUGGACUCGCUGCAGAUGCAGGGCGAGAUUGAGACCCAAAUCACAGCGGCUUUCACCAUGAUUGGCACCUCCAAUCACCUGUCAGAUCGCUGCUCCCAGUUCGCUAUCCCAUCCUUGUGCCACUUUGCCUUCCCCACAUGUGACCGCAGCUCUGGCAUGGACAAACCCCGGGACUUGUGCAAAGACGAGUGUGAGAUUCUGGAGAACGACCUGUGUAAGACGGAGUACAUCAUCGCUCGUUCUAACCCCCUCAUCCUCAAGCGCCUCAAAUUGCCCAACUGUGAAGAACUGGCCGCUUUGGACAGUCCAGAGGCUGCUAACUGCAUGAGAAUAGGGAUCCCAAUAGCAGAGACCAUAAAUAAAAGCCACAAAUGUUAUAACAACAGUGGUUCAGACUACCGCGGGACAGUCAGCGUGACUAAAUCUGGUCGUCAGUGUCAGCCGUGGAACUCGCAGUAUCCCCACAGCCACACCUUCCUGGCUAUGCACUACCCAGAGCUCAACGGGGGACAUUCCUACUGUCGCAACCCCGGCAACAAGCACGAUGCUCCCUGGUGCUUCACCUUAGAUGAGAGUGUGCACAUGGAGCUCUGCGACAUUCCUCCUUGUGAUUUGCCCAAGCAUGGCAGCAGCAGUAUGGGGAUCCUCUACAUCCUGGUACCAAGCGUUGCUAUACCGCUAGCCAUCGCCCUGCUGUUCUUCUUCAUCUGUGUGUGUCGAAACAACCAGAAAGCCUCACGUCCACCAGCCCCACGCCAGCCCAAACCAGUACGUGGUCAGAACGUGGAGAUGUCCAUGCUCACAGCAUACAAACCAAAGAGUAAAGCCAAAGAGCUUCCUCUGUCUGCAGUGCACUUCAUGGAGGAGUUGGGCGAGAGCAACUUUGGUCAAAUCUAUAAAGGCCACCUGUACCUGCCAGGCAUGGAGCAAGCUCAGCUAGUGGCCAUAAAAACACUGAAGGACAUCUCAAGUGCACAACAGUGGGGCGAUUUCCAGCAGGAAGCAUCUGUCCUGGCAGAACUUCAUCAUCCCAAUGUGGUUUGUCUCCUGGGUGUCGUGACCCAGGAGCAGCCCGUCUGCAUGCUCUUCGAGUUUCUAGCUCAAGGGGACCUCCACGAGUUCCUCAUCAUGCGCUCUCCACACUCAGACGUGGGCUGCAGUAGCGACGAAGACGGUACCAUCAAAUCCAGCCUCGACCAUGGAGACUUUCUUCACCUGGCCAUUCAAGUCGCAGCCGGGAUGGAGUACCUAGCAAGCCAUCUUUACGUCCACAAAGACCUCGCGGCAAGAAACAUUCUGGUUGGUGAGCAACUUCACAUCAAGAUUUCCGAUCUUGGCUUGUCAAGAGAAAUCUACACCUCCGAUUAUUACCGAGUCCAGCCCAAAACGCUCCUUCCGAUUCGCUGGAUGCCACCAGAAGCCAUCUUUUACGGGAAGUACACAACAGACUCUGACAUUUGGGCGUUCGGUGUGGUUCUGUGGGAGAUCUUCAGCUUCGGCCUGCAGCCUUAUUAUGGUUUCAGCAACCAGGAAGUGAUGGAGAUGCUGCGGAAGAGGCAGCUGCUGCCCUGCCCGGAGGAUUGCCCCCCUCGUAUGUACGUGCUGAUGACCGAGUGCUGGCAGGAGGGUCCCGCUCGAAGACCGAGAUUCAAAGACAUCCACGCCCGACUACGUGCUUGGGAGGGUCUGUCCUCCCACGCCAGCUCCAGCACACCAUCAGGAGGCAACGCCACCACCCAGACUACCUCUCUGAGCGCCAGCCCCGUCAGCAACCUCAGCAGCCCGCGCUAUGCUGGAUACAUCUACGGACCUCCGCAGAGCCUCCCACCAGGACAAAUCGCAGGCUUCAUGGCAGCACAGAUUCCUCAAAACCAGCGUUUUAUACCUGUAAAUGGAUACCCUAUCCCAACAGGCUAUGCUGCCUUCCCUGCUGCCCAUUUCGCGCCAUCUCAGGGCCCUCCACAGGUGGUGCAGCACUGCCCUCCGCCGAAGAGCCGGUCGCCCAGCAGCGCCAGCGGCUCAACCAGCACGGGUCAUGUGACCAGCAUCCCCUCCACAGGCUCCAAUCAUGACGCCAAUACACCUUUGCUUUCUCAUUGUGUCACUCUGACACCCAUGACAGCAGUGCCAGGUGGCACAAUGGCAGUUUUUGGACAUAUGACACAGAAGACUAUGCAAAUAGACCCAAGUCAGGCAGCGCUGCUGGCUGACACUAGCAGACUGAUGUACAGUGAAUCCUUCAUCACUGCCGAUUUGUGAAUAGAUGUGUUGUCCUGUAUAUUGGUUUAUUGAAUUAUUGAUAUUUUAAUGUUUUUUUUUCUCCUUGUAAAUAUGAGAUAGCCUGAACAAAAUGCGAAAGUUUAUAUUUUAAUGUUGUUUUAUAAAUGUGUUUUUAAGGAAACUUGUAUAUUCACAAAUGCUCUGUGAAGUUCAUGCCAAUUUUUCAACUUAGUAUGACUAAACGUGGCCUUCAUAUGUCCUUUUUUUUUCAACCAGAACUUUAAAAUCAUGCUCUUUCACUGUUAUUUUUGACCGAGCUUUGGGUUUAUCACCAGACUUUUUCACUCAUCUACGACUUCCUGGAAGGAUUCAGAAUGUCUUGGUCUCUAUCCCGUCAUUGCAUUUUGGAAUUAUUGAAUCAGUCAAAUUGCUUUAAUAUUGCGAUGAAAUCCAACCCUAUAGCAGAUGUUCCCAAAUUAAGGGAAUAGUUUUGCAAAAAUAUAUCACUGAUGCCUUAAAAUGAAAAUAAAAUUUGUGGUAACACUUUCUAAGAAGCCUGUAUUUAUAAUAAAGUAUAAAGGUAUUCUUAAGGCAUUAUAAUUAAUACAUAAUGCAUUAAAAAAAGGAUAAUAUGUUGCAUCAUCUCAUAAAUAAUCAUAAAAACAAUUACUUUACUACAUCUUUACUAUAUCUUACUACAUCUUGUGAGUGGUUGAGGUUUUUUCCUGAGGUUAAUUUUAAGUUUACUGUGAGCUAGUUUAAGCUCAGUUGCAAAGUAACUUAUCAACAGUUGUCUUAAGGGUACCAUCAAAAUAACCAUACUGAUAUUACAAUAGAAGUAGUUCAAAGCAAAUUUGUACACAUUCAUCUGAUCUGAUACCUUAUUAUUAAAAAAUAGUAGUAGACCAAGACCACUUUUAAAUAAUAAGACCACAUAUAAAGCCUUCUGGAUGUUUUCAUGAAGACUUUGUAUUUGUCAUUUUGCAGUAAAAACACUAAAAAGAUGUACUAUGUUAUUGUGCAGAUCUUAAACAGUGGCAGGAUAUGAGACUUAUAAUACAUUAUAACUGUGGGAAAUAUUAUUCACUCUAACUUAAGUGAAUACAACAUGUUCAUUGUGUGUUAUAAAUCAUCAUACUCUUAACAGCUAUAACCACAAUAAGUAGGUAUUAUAAUACAUUAAAAUUGUUCUUAUGAUUAUUUAUGAAUUGAAAUAACAUAUUACUAUGCAUUAUUCAUUAAUUAUGAAGAAUACCCUUAUAAUGAAUUAUAAAUACCUGCUUCAUAGAAAAAUGUUGCUUUAAUUAUAGCCACCAUAUGAGCUUACAUCUCAUUAUAAAUGUGGGAGAGAAUGUGUUCUGUGACAUUCUUCUGUUACUGUGAAGGCAUUCAAGUCAUUUCAACACAUGAGACACACCAGGGCUGUGUUCGCUGUAAGCAAAUGAGCUAGUGACUUCUCAGGCAACAUUUUUGUUUCUAAGGUACAUCCUGAAACUGAUUUCGGCAGGCUUCUGAAACGGGCUAAUGAUCUACAACAAAAUAGCGAGAACUUUGGUGUUAACCAAGAAGAUAUUGACUUUAUACAAUAGUAUUCAUUUCUUGCUAGGAAUUAAAGAAAUAGUCCC